CAUUCAGUCCCAACCGAGGCACGAAGCCGAACCUUGCUCGAGGUCGCUCCUGGUAGCAACUGCCGCCGUCGCUGUCGCCGUCGCUUUCGGUCCGCUGUGAACCUUCGUGGCGACUUCUGGCUGCCUGCCUCCGUGUGCUCCAUCACAGCUUGACGCUCAAACGCGGCUUUCAGUGGUGUUCUGGUCGCGUUGGUCUUUGGUUCGCAAUUCGUAAUUCCCAAACAACAAAAAAUACAUCCAUUUUUGUGAAUGAGUCUCGGCAGCGAACUGAAUGAGUGAAUGGAAAACGAGUCUAAUUAAUUUCACAGAAAAAGUGCAAUCAGUUUUUUUUCAAUUAACAUACAAUAUUCUGGAGCAAUAUUCUUUUGUGACUUAUUGCGAUUAAUGUGAAAUUAUUUUCGCAUUUUUAAUGAUAUUCCGGCCAAAGUCUGUCAAAUCGAAUCAGAUGCCUCGAGUGCAUUAAUCGAGUUACCGGAAUGCGGUCGCUUCUCUGCGCGCUCCUGUCCGUGCAUGGGUCUGCUCCAGUCCUUUCUGUCCUUUCUGGUCUCCGCCAGCCAGCCUACGUUAAGUGAUUAAUCAUGCUCGUAUAUUUUCGAAGUGAAAUUCAAUUUGGACCGCAUCGUCAGUGCAAGAACCACAACAGCCACAACCCAGACGACAGCAAUAAAUAAGAAGUUGAGAAAAUAGGAAAAAUAAGAGCAAAAAAAUCCAAACAGCAGCAGGAUCAACCACAGGAACUGGAGCCUUAGGCAACGGUCCGAGAAAUUGCCAUCGAUAGGGGCAGGAAGUAGACUUGGAGACGCAGCCGUAGCCGAAGCGGAACAACUGGAGCCUGGCGACAUCCCCACGCACCGAGGACUUGACAAUGCGCUUCAUUAAUUUGGCUGGCAGCCGCAGAGCAGCAGACGCGGCACAGGAACAGGAACUGGAACAGGGAUUCGCGUCAGCUGCAGCAACAUUGCAUUGAGUGGAGGGCGGAUAGAGACGGUAGCCAUGGUGGAGGACAUUGAGGACAAUGCGCUGUCGCAGCUGGCAGUGCCGGAAGCGGAAGCCGAAGCUGAAGGAGCCGCCUCGGCCAUCGUCGAGCCCCUGCUGGCCCUGCUACGUGGCGACAUUCUCAACCAGACACAGACCCGAGCACCAGCCAGCUUCUACAGCAGCUACAACAUAUCCGAGGACGUUUACUUCUACUUCAACGGUCUGAGUGCGAUGCCCACGAGCACGGAGUUGUCGCUUAACGGGAGUGUGUCCACCACAACUCUGGGCCCGCUCAGCCCCUCCACCAUCAGCAGCAGCAGCAGUACGACCCCCGAGCCGGAUCUGUCAGAGUUCCUGGAGGCGCUGCCCAACGAUCGAGUGGGUCUGUUGGCCUUCCUCUUUCUGUUCUCGUUUGCCACCGUCUUCGGCAAUUCCCUGGUCAUCCUGGCCGUCAUUCGAGAGCGUUAUCUGCACACGGCCACCAACUACUUCAUUACCAGCCUGGCCGUGGCAGAUUGCCUGGUGGGAUUGGUUGUGAUGCCCUUCUCGGCACUGUACGAGGUGCUGGAGAACACCUGGUUCUUUGGCACUGACUGGUGCGACAUCUGGCGCUCGCUGGACGUUCUCUUCAGCACCGCCUCGAUCCUCAAUCUGUGCGUCAUAUCGCUGGACCGCUACUGGGCCAUCACCGAUCCCUUCAGCUAUCCCAUGCGGAUGACGGUGAAGCGGGCCGCUGGCCUGAUAGCCGCUGUCUGGAUCUGCUCGAGUGCCAUCAGCUUCCCGGCCAUCGUCUGGUGGCGUGCGGCUCGAGAUGGUGAGAUGCCCGCCUACAAGUGCACCUUCACCGAGCACCUGGGCUACUUGGUGUUCUCCUCGACGAUCUCCUUCUACCUGCCGCUGCUGGUGAUGGUGUUUACCUACUGCCGGAUCUACCGGGCGGCGGUGAUUCAGACUCGCUCCCUUAAGAUCGGCACCAAGCAGGUGCUGAUGGCCUCCGGGGAGCUGCAGCUCACGCUGCGCAUCCAUCGCGGCGGCACGACCAGGGAUCAGGCCAACCAGGUGUCGGGUGGGGGCGGAGGAGGUGGUGGCGGCGGCGGCGGCGGGUCGCUAAGCCACUCCCAUUCCCAUUCGCACCAUCAUCACCACAACCACGGCGGCGGCACCACCACAUCCACGCCAGAGGAGCCAGACGACGAGCCGCUAUCGGCGCUGCACAACAACGGACUGGCCCGACACCGGCACAUGGGCAAGAACUUCUCGCUCUCCCGGAAGCUGGCCAAGUUCGCCAAGGAGAAGAAGGCGGCCAAGACGCUGGGCAUUGUGAUGGGCGUGUUCAUCGUGUGCUGGCUGCCGUUCUUUGUGGUCAACCUGCUGUCCGGGUUCUGCAUGGAGUGCAUCGAGCACGAGGAGAUUGUCUCUGCGAUUGUCACCUGGCUGGGCUGGAUCAACUCGUGCAUGAAUCCCGUCAUCUAUGCCUGCUGGAGCAGGGACUUUCGCAGAGCCUUUGUGCGUCUGCUGUGCAUGUGCUGUCCCCGCAAGAUCCGCCGGAAGUAUCAGCCCACAAUGCGGUCCAAGUCGCAGUGCCACGUGGCCGCUGCAAUGGUGGCAGCCUCGACCUCCUUUGGCUACCAUUCGGUGAACCAGCUGGACCGCACGCUCAUGUGACGUCAGCUGAGCAGUUGCAGCACCUGCAGCGGUGGCAGCAACUGCGGCGGCGGUGGCAGCAACGUCGGCGGAGUUGGAGGCGGCUCCCGCAGUGGCCAUCACCACCAUCACUCCUCGGGCACGGCCACGCCGUCCUCUUCGCAGCGUUCGUGCACCCGCUGCCAGAGCUUCCAUCGCCACCACCACCGGGACAGGCGCCGCAGCUCAGGGAUGAAGCAUCGCGGGGACUACAACUCCACGUCGGCGGUGAACAGUGCGGCCAAGACGAUAGUGACGAUCACUGCACCGCCGGCGGCAGCGGCCUCUGCCAGCUCGUUGCACCUGGGCGGCGGUGCGAGGCCCUCAUCGGUCUCCACUCUAACCAUAGCCUCGGUUCCGGCCACGCUAUUGCUGGAGCCGGCUUUAGGGCUCGGCGGCGCGUCGGUGAGUGCGGCCAACAGUCCAGUGGCACCCAGCCUGAAGCACUCCAGCCUGGCGAUGACGCCGAGCGGCAUGGGACCGUCGAACUCUUCGGGUCACCACGUAUCCUUCAUGCCCAUGGCUGGCAUGAGGCGUCUGCGAAGCUCCAACUCCUCGCUGAGCUCGCCCACGGCCCCAGCUCUUGGUGGUGUCGACACCAUCUCGGCUAUCUCGCUCACUGAUGCCACCGAGGAGCACCAGCAGCAGCACCACCACCACCACAGAGUCCUGGAGCAGCGGCAGAGUGUGCAGAGCCAGAUCACCACCCUGGACGACGUGGACGAUGACGAGGACAGCGACAGUGAGAGCAUCGGAUUGGCCCUGGUGCAGACGACACCGCAACUGGAAUGCCAGCCGGAGGCGGCCUCCAGUUCCUCCAGCUCCUCGGUAAAGUAAACUCAGCCACCAGCAGAAUCACAUAAUUAUUCACGGAGACCACAGCCCAGUUAACUAGCUCUUAAGGACUCUUCAUAGAUGUGAGUGUAAAUAUCUGCAUACAUCAGGCGAUCUAGCCCUCGUCUAGUCUCUCAUUAGCUUAUCGAUUGGUGAUAGAACACUAUGCAACAGAAAAUCUAAUCAUCAAAUCCUUUCCGCUUGAUUAAGAACUUCAACAUCCUCCUAACUAGUCCAAUGAUGCGAUGGCGGGUGGGUUGCAUAGUGUGAAUUAGUUGUUACAAUUAGUUGUCAUAUCUUAGAUCUUCCAUUACAAAGAUGUUAUCCACUAGAGUACAAUAUUUCGUUCUGUAAAUGUUUCAAACGUCUUAGCCAUUGAAAGCUACGUCUUCAACCUGUCCACGUACCUGACUCUCUUUCAGAA